AUGCACGACACCCACUUGACAGAGCCAUUGGUUAUCGACACUAAAUCGGCGCUGGCGACCAAGACGGCCACUACUAUCACAACUACGUUUGCAUUCACCGAGGAGCAGGCGUCUACUCCCGCGUCUGCCCCCGGGAGUCGCAGUCGUGGAAGCAGCCUCUCUUUCCACUUUCGAGAUAAGAGUGUCGAUCAGUCGCCUCAAGGACAUCAAUCACCCGUCAAGAUGACUGCCACUGGACGCUUUACUCCCAGCCCCGAACCAGCACCUGCUCUGUUCGUGCGGGCCAUGUAUGACUACGAUGCCGACGAUCAUACCAGUCUAAGUUUUCGGAGAGGGGAUAUCAUUCAGGUUCUGAACCAACUGGAGACCGGCUGGUGGGACGGAGUGAUCAACAAUAGCGUCCGGGGCUGGUUCCCUAGCAAUUACUGUACCGUCAUUACAGACCUCAGCGAGCUCGAGGAGCAUGUAUCGAACGGCCGUGAAGAUGGAGACAUCAGUGCGGAGUCUGGCCUGGGGGAGGAGUAUGAGGAGGACCGUGAGGAAGACGAGGUUGACUCUGCAGGAAAUCCGCGCGAUUCACAACCGAUACUGCCUAUUGAAGGCACGGGACCUUCAAAUGAGCAGGAAGAGGCCGCCUUCUGGAUUCCGCAAGCGACCCCCGAUGGCCGUUUAUUCUACUUCAACACUCUCACCGGCUAUAGCACCAUGGAGUUGCCGUUCGAAAACCCCUCUACGAACGAAACAGGUCCUUACGACCGCAAUACCUUUUUUGUGCCCAAUCAGACUAGACCUCCCCCAGAACUGAUGGCCCGUGGUUUCGAACGAGACGAGGAUGACUAUGAUGGCUCCGCGUCCGAAGCGGAGGGCGAAUCCCUGAUGCUUGCUUCUCAGGAUUCUAUGUCUCGGAGACGGCAGUCCUAUAUCGACGGCGUAUCCCCUGCAACUUCCAUGGAUUCCUUACACCCACCGUCUACCACCAAAUCGAUUAACGAAGGGAAGAGCUCGUUUCGAAGCCUGUCUAAGGCUUACAGCUUUGGAACCGCCGCUAGCAGUACUACAUCGCUUUCCGACAAUUUCCACAGACCUUCUAUUUCUUCGGAAGCGCCCUCGCAUUUUGUCGACGAUGGUGCAUCGGCCCCCCUGACGUGGCCAUUACUCGUUGAUAACAUGCGCAAUGCUGUCGAGGCCUAUCGUCAGACCCUAUCGAACGGUGAUCGUUCAGAAUACGUGAGAAAGGCCGAAGAUAUAUCCGACCAUCUGCGUAUGCUUCUGGCUGCUGGUUCCGAUACCACGGACAAUCAUUCCGGAAACCCGUCGAUUAUCUCCACAAAUAAGGCUCUGUACCCUCACUUCAGGGAUAUGAUGUCGAAAUUCUCCAAACUAGUGCUCUCAUCGCACAUUGCUGCGGCUGACUGGCCAAGUCCGGAUUCCGUCAACAAAUGCCUACAAGAGGCAGAUGGGGUUAUGCAAGGAGUAUAUGGUUAUGUCGAUAUUGCAAGACAGCAACGUGGUGACUUUAUUCAGCGGAUCGUUCCGGGCUUUGUGGUAGGUAGCUGUUCAGGCGGCGGCUGGCAGAAUAACGGUGUCACUCUCAAUGAUUCGGGCCCGACGUCGUUCUUAGACCAGGAUGGAGGGGACACUCGAGCUGAGCCAGCAGUGCCACUCGAUGCAGCGCUUUUGGAUCAUAUUGACAUUCUGCGGAGGUCAUUUGUUGGAAGCAUUCGCCGACUAGAGGAGCGGUUGUCACUCAACCAGAAGAAGAUCGUCACGGUUGCUGAGCAUCACGAAAUCGGCGAUUCUGUCUCCGCUGCUGCUAUCAAGGUCAUCGAGCAGUUUCGUCCUUGGAUCUCUUCUGUCGAGUCGAUCAAUCUGGCGCCUUUGGGAACUAGUUUCCAAAAUCCACAAUUAGUCGAUUUUAGUUUACAGAAACAACGAGUUUACGAUGCGAUUGCCGAUUUUGUCCUUGGCUGUCAGGCUGUCACAAGCCCUCUGGGCGAUGAAUGGGCUGAAUUGCGCGGAGAUUCUCUCGAGGAUCGUUUGAACGCCGUGCGAGGUGUUGCUAGGCAACUUGAGAACUACGUUUCCCAAAUCGGUUUCUCCCUGUCUCUCCUGCUCGAGCAGAUUCCCGAGUCUACUGCAGCUUUCCGUAGCGAGAGUCGUCUGGGCCAAGAUAACGAGGGUUUGAAGGCUCCGCAUAGCCGUGCGGACUCCCAGGCUAAAAUUGCGGACGAGUCAAUUGGAAUCCCAUCUUCUUACUCCGUCAAUCCCCCCCAUGACAAAGUGCGACGCAAUAUGGACAAGGCACAGAGAUUCUUCGGACAAGCCCCGCCAUCUGCAAUCACUCGAGAACCAAUCCGGGAACCUGUCCGGGAGCCGGAAGAAACGCCUUGGUUUUUGAAGAUGGAUCAUGAAGGCGAAGUAUUUUACGAUACCAAAAACGAUGUGCCUACCUUGAAAUGCGGCACGCUAGCAGGACUAGUGGAACAUCUGACUCGACAUGACAAACUUGAUGCUUCUUUCAACAAUACUUUCCUCCUUACCUACCGUUCCUUUACAACUGCCGCCGAGCUCUUCGAGCUGCUAACUCAGCGCUUCAAUAUCCAGCCCCCGUUCGGUUUAAACCAAGAAGAGAUGCAGAUGUGGAUCGACAGAAAGCAAAAGCCUAUUCGAUUCCGUAUAGUCAAUAUCCUCAAGAGCUGGUUUGAAAACUUUUGGAUGGAACCAAAUGAUGAAGCGCAUAUGAAGCUUUUGGAACGUGUCCAUGCUUUCACCAAGGAUUCCAUCGCUACUACAAAAACUCCGGGUUCGCCUCCGUUGCUGACGGUUAUCGAGCAACGUCUUCGUGGUCAGGACACGACUGUCAAGCGGCUUGUUCCUACGCAGGCGGUUCCCGCCCCGUCUCCUAUUGUCCCGAAGAAUAUGAAGAAGCUUAAAUUUCUGGAUAUUGAUCCAACAGAGUUUGCUCGCCAGCUUACAAUCAUCGAAUCACGUCUUUACUCCAAGAUUCGACCUAUAGAAUGUCUGAAUAAAACGUGGCAAAAGAAAGUUGGGCCGGACGAACCGGAGCCUGCAACUAACGUGAAAGCUCUCAUCCUUCAUUCCAACCAGCUGACAAAUUGGGUUGCGGAGAUGAUCCUCAGUCAAUCUGAUGUCAAGAAGCGUGUGGUUGUUAUCAAGCACUUCGUUAACGUAGCAGAUAAAUGCCGUGCUCUGAACAAUUACUCUACACUGACAUCUAUUAUCUCUGCACUCGGAACGGCGCCAAUCCAUCGACUUGGCCGGACAUGGGGCCAAGUUAGUGGACGCACGUCCACAAUUCUGGAGCAAAUGCGUAAGCUCAUGGCUAGCACGAAGAAUUUCGGUGAAUAUCGUGAAACUCUGCACUUAGCAAACCCGCCAUGCAUUCCAUUCUUCGGUGUUUACUUGACCGAUUUGACCUUUAUCGAAGACGGUAUUCCAUCUCUUACGCCAUCAGAGCUGAUCAACUUCAACAAGCGUGCCAAAACCGCGGAAGUAAUCCGAGACAUUCAGCAAUAUCAAAACGUCCCCUAUCUCCUGCAGCCUGUCCCUGAACUGCAGGAUUACAUUCUCAGUAAUUUACAAGCGGCGGGCGACGUGCAUGACAUGUACGACCGGAGUUUGGAAGUGGAACCCAGAGAACGGGAGGACGAGAAGAUUGCGAGGUAUGCUACUACAGCAGGUAGAGACAUGAGCACCUUGGCUAUUGCGACCUUGGCCAUGUCGAUGCGAUAA